UCGGUGGUCUUACCUACUUCUCUUAGAAAGCUAGUCCUUCAUAAUUCGGGCUAUUCCAUGGAUCACUUGGUGAGCAGCUUCAUUGACCUCACUUCCCUCACUUUUUUAAAUAUAAAGAACUGUGAAUCCUUAACAUCUAUUCCCCUGCACGUGUGGAGAAGCAAUCUUCCAUCUCUGGAGGAACUAGAUAUUCGUUCUUGUGAAAACCUUUCUUCAAUAGUCUCUGAAGCAAGUAACAGCAGCAGCAGUGUUACAGGAUUCUCAUCUCUUGCUAAGAUACGUAUUGAGAGGUGCUGCAAAUUAUUGACCUUUGAUGAAUUGCUGAAGCCAGAUUGUGUACCUGCUGUGAAGAUCGUCGCGGUUUCUGAUUGUAGAAUGUUGAUGUCCCUCUUUGUUGAUAGGCCCGACUGGUUGCAGACUCUGGACAUUUCAGAUUGCUAUUUCAAGUUGAAUUCGCAGAGGGUAAUGAUAUUACCAUCCUCUCUUAAGCAGCUCUAUUUAUCGACUUGUGACGGCAUAGAAUCCAUCAACCUCGCCAAUAGCCAGUUGGGAAGUUCUCCAUUACUGGAGGUACUUAGCAUUAAGAACUGUCGAGGCCUCAAGUCCAUCGGUGGUGCAGCAGCUGUUGACAAAAUAAAGAAAGUGAAUAUACAGGAGUGUCCCGCGCUCAAUGAGAUACAACAGCCCCUCUGUCGCUGCCUGGUUGGCACUGCUGCUAAUGAGAUCAGAACUUGGCACCGAUUACAUGGGGAGAGGAACUUAACAGUGUGUCCGGUCUAAACGAAAUUCAGCAGCCACUCUUUCAAUCACUGCCUGGUUGGCACUAGGAGGGCACAAAGGCGAAGGGUGGUGGCUUGCGUGAGAACAUGCUGUUGAAGGAGUGCAAGGAAAAUAAAUAUGAGCCUGUUGUGUGCUAUGUAUCAAGGCAGAGCAAAAUCUAAGCCUUGAGUGAUGUCAGUUUGUGUGUAUCAUAUCCUGUAUUUCUAGUUCCCCACUGAAGCAUGUUUUGGUGGAGAGAUUAUAUUUACUAUCCCUAGCCAGCUUAUUUACAGUAUAUCUUCUUAA